CGCAGCCCAGCGAGGCCUCGGUGCACACGGCGGCUGCCGGCGCCGCCAUGGACAGCAACGUCCUGGCCAUCGUUAUCGCCGCGACUGUGUCCACCUCCGUCUUCAUCGUGGCAAUCCUCAUCCUGCUGCUGCUCCUGUACCACCGGGACCCCAUGUGCUGCCAGUUCCUCUGCUCCUGCCGCUUAUUCCAGAGCCCCAGCCAGUAUGACUGCCCCCCGCCCUCCUUCAGCAGCAGCCAGCGGCUGGUGGGUCCCCAGUGCAGAGCCUCGCGCCUGGAGAGUGCUGCAGCUGAGAACCCGGGCGUGCAGGGGGAUGAGCUGUUCUGUGUCGGGCCCCCCAGCACAUACCAGGUCCCUUAUUGGGAGCAGCCCCGCCUGCCCAGCUACGAGAGCGUGCGGAAGAAGGAUCGCCAACGGGAGAUCCACCAGAUGAUUGCCGACAGGUUCGGGCUGUGGGCAGAGCCUUCCCAGGAGAUGCCGCCUCCCUAUGAGCAUGCUCUGAGGCAUCCUCCAGCUUUCUCAGGACCAGUGAUAAGCUCAGAGACCUUGGACAGACGUGGCGUUCCAGACUCUUUCCAGGCCCCUCCUGGCUACCAACCUCAGCGAAACACAGCCGUGGAAUGGCCAAAUGUCAGACCUUUGCCCAGGUUUGCCAUCAGCUGAGACACAGGCAAGUCAGACCUGGCCAGCAGAGACAUCCCUCCUGCAGCACAAGGACAACCACGGAGCCACUGCCAGGCAGAGCAACUAGGGAUGUGUGCUCACUCUUUGGCAAACGUACUGUCACCAAAGGCAAGAGACCAGCUGCUUGCUUCCACACAGGGGGCAAAGCCAAGGAGAAGGUCUGCUCAGCCAGAGCUCCUCCAGGCAGCUGGUGUAUGGCACCUCUGUGAGGCGAGCACUGCCAGCUGGACCAAGGAUCAGACCUCAGACAGUCACAGUGUUGUGCUACUUCACUUAUUUCUUAGGUUAUGAAAUGUUUUACUUUAUCAGUGUAUUGGCUGCCAGGUGGGAAUCCUCACCUGAGAGCAGCAGAACGGGUCAGCAUGAGAGCACUGCUGUGUGCUCCUGCAGCAAUGGUCCUCUGUGACCAACAGCGAUGUUGUAUGGACUUUACAUAAAGAUCUGGAGAGGCUCCAGGGGUAGUGUCACCUGCUAUAUGCAAAUCCCAACCACAGAGAAUGAACUGUGUGACUGGGAAAGGACAGAAAUGCAGCCAAAAUAGCUGGUGAACUACGAACCACAGGGAAUGUAAAGCAAAGGUGGACAGGCGUGGCUGACCUGAUUUACUUAGUUGUCUUCUGCAGAGCAGACAAUCUAACAGCAUCCACACCGGUGUCCUUACACCACCAAUUUUGAUAACCUGUUUUCUACUGCAGAGCCAAUGUUUCAAAUUGUUUACAAACAAUGAUAAAAUUGAGAUAAAAUGAGAUCAGUUUGGCCACAAGGUAUUUGGGCUCCUUUCUUUUGAGCAAGAGAAGCUCAAAAAAUGCCAUGGAAUGACUCAGGGGAAGACAAAAAGGAUGUCUUCUGGUUUAUGGCCUUAUGAUACACCUCCAGCUGCUGAGCUUCAAAUACCACCCCAGGCCUGUGCAUCCUCCCAGGCAUCCUACAAUUAGUCAUGAGUUAGCUUUACAAGUGUGAACUUGCCUCUUGUGGCUACUAAAUGGUAUCUGAGUUAUAUUCCAGAUACUUGAGUUAAUCACUGAGAUGAGUUAGAAGGAAAAAUCUACCUUCCAGGGAUGCAGAGAUAGAUGCAGGUGGAAAAGUAUUUUGAAUUAAGAUACAAAUACAACAGUAAUGUCUAAUAAUGAGCAAAAAUAGAGGGGAAUUAUUAGUGCGAUAAGUAGUGACCUAAAAGUGAUUGUGGA